CCGUGUUCACAGCUUGGUAUCGUUCACUGUCAUGGCUUCCUGAGUAAAUGGACGUCUCUCAUACGGUUGCGGCAACAAAUUCCUGACAAAUACGUUUUCUUCUUAUUAAUCAGUGUUUGUAUUUGUGCUGAAGUAUCAUGGCGGGCAGCAGCACAGCCCAGAAAACAUGGGAGUUAUCGAACAGUAUGCAGGAAGUUCAGAGCAUAGACGAAAUUUACAAAUAUGACAAGAAACAACAACAAGAAAUCCUCGCAGCGAAGCCUUGGACGAAGGAUCACCAUUACUUCAAGUAUUGCAAGCUCUCAGCUCUGGCCCUGCUGAAGAUGGUAAUGCACGCCAGGUCUGGAGGGAACCUGGAGGUGAUGGGCCUCAUGCUGGGAAAGGUGGACGGAGAAACCAUGAUCAUCAUGGACAGCUUUGCCCUGCCAGUGGAAGGCACAGAGACCAGAGUCAACGCCCAGGCUGCUGCAUAUGAGUAUAUGGCAGCGUAUAUUGAAAAUGCCAAACAGGUCGGCCGUCUGGAGAAUGCCAUUGGCUGGUACCACAGUCACCCUGGUUAUGGGUGCUGGCUGUCGGGCAUCGAUGUCAGCACUCAGAUGCUCAACCAACAGUUCCAGGAGCCUUUUGUGGCAGUCGUGAUUGACCCCACUCGGACCAUUUCUGCGGGGAAGGUCAACCUGGGCGCCUUCAGAACUUACCCUAAGGGUUACAAACCUCCUGAUGAAGGGCCAUCAGAGUAUCAGACUAUACCUCUGAAUAAGAUUGAAGACUUUGGUGUCCACUGUAAACAGUACUACGCCCUGGAGGUCACCUACUUUAAGUCGUCCCUCGAUAGAAAACUCCUUGAACUUCUUUGGAACAAAUACUGGGUCAACACCUUGAGCUCCUCCAGCCUGCUGACGAACUCGGACUACACCACGGGUCAGGUGUUUGACCUGUCAGAGAAGCUGGAGCAGUCGGAGGCUCAGCUGGGCAGAGGCAGCUUCAUGCUGGGCUUGGACACACACGACAGGAAGUCGGAGGACAAACUUGCCAAAGCGACACGAGACAGCUGCAAGACAACCAUAGAGGCGAUUCACGGCCUGAUGUCUCAGGUCAUUAAGGACAAACUCUUCAAUCAAAUCAACACGUCUGCCACUUAAGACUGAACCCUGAGCUGACAAAAGUCGGGUGUUGAGGCUUUUUUUUUCUGCAUGUCUAGAUGUUAUUAGUUAAGAGUUGGGUCAUCUGUUUUUUUAGUGACCAUUUAUUUCUUUGGAUUAGCUACAGAACACAACGGGAACUCUAGAAAAUAAAGAAAUACAACAUUUA